AUGGCUCCUCCGUCCUCUGCCCCAUCUGCAUCCGCAUCUGGAGGUCGCCGAAAGCGCGCGAGGACACAAACCGAAGAUCCAGCACAUGAUUCUCAGACGACAACGACGACACCACCAACGCGUCGAAGCCAACGGACCAAGCUGACCAACACAUCUGUGCCUGGCGAGACCAAUGCAAUUCCGGUAAAGAAGGAAGAAGUGGAAGAAGAGGAAUAUUCGAAAGUCACCAACAAGAAGGCCCCUAGGUCGAAAGCUAAACCAAAGCCGGUGAAAUUGGAAGAUGAACUAGACGAUGCUGGUCCAAGUUCCAGCGCCACAUCGGCUUUCAAAAAGGCAGUUAAGCAGGAAGACACGCAUCAAGCUCAAGAAACCCGUGGGUUCUGGCUCAUGAAAUCGGAGCCAGAUGUUUUCAGCUACGAGGACCUCUGCAAGCACGACGGACCGGCCGGCUGGGAUGGUGUCAGAAACCACGUUGCAAAGAAUCAUUUACGGUCAAUGAAAGUGGGAGAUAGAGCUUUCUUCUACCACUCAAAUUGUAAGGAGCCCGGCAUUGUUGGGGUGAUGGAAAUUACCCGCGAUGCCUCAAUUGACGAAACCCAAUUCGACCCCCAAGCCAAGUAUUACGACCCAAAGGCAACCACCUCAAAGCCUCGAUGGUACCUUGUCCACUGCAGUCCUAUCCGGAAGCUCGGACGCCAAAUUACACUGGCGGAACUGAGGACGCAUUCCGGUGGUGUCCUCAAGGAGAUGGCACUCUUUCGGCAGACCAGGCUGUCUGUCAGUCCUGUCAGUCCUGCAGAGUUCCAAUUUAUCCUUGACUUGGAAAAUAAACCCGAAGGAAAGGAUACGGAUUAA